AAUAGGCGUGUAAAGUUUUGAGUGGAUGAAUUGAAGUGGAUAUAAGUUAACUCCAACUAAAAUGUGGCACGUAUACGUCAUUGUUAAAAAGAUGCCAAAACUCAAUAAAUAGGCAUCCACUUGAAAGGUUCUGCAGACAAUUGAAUUAACACCAAACAAGAGAUAUAUCUUUUUUCUAUCUUCGAACAACCUUAGUUACAUACAUAUUGAUGAAAAAUACAUAAAAUUAGUUCCAAGCUCUCUGCACACUAUUUUUUUUCCUAUUUUCUUCUCAACGUUCGCCGCAUAAAUAAAGGUUUGUAAUUAACUUAACUAACACGACGAUGAAUAUUUUGUUACAACAUAUUGCACCAACAUUUGUUUCUUGCAAACAUCAACCACUUAUUAAUUUCCGGGAUGGUCUAACGAUUGAUCCGUUUAUUCCCCCUCGACGAAAGGACAAGGUGGUGAUAGUUAUGGGUGCAACAGGCACGGGAAAAUCUAGACUUUCCAUUGAUUUAGCGAAACAUUUUUCAGCAGAGGUUGUGAAUAGCGAUAAAAUGCAAAUUUAUGACGGUCUUGAUAUUAUAACAAAUAAGGUUACCGAUAAGGAGACUUGUGGAAUUCAACAUCAUUUGUUAUCAAUUAUUGAUCCUAACGAAGUUUUCACUGCCACGGACUUUUGUCAACGUGCUACAAAAGCUGUGGAUUCUAUCAUAAGUAAGGGUCAACUACCGAUCAUUGCUGGAGGGUCAAAUUCGUAUAUUAAGGCACUAGUGAAUGAUGACAUUGAAUUUAAGUCCAGGUAUGAAUGUUGUUUUCUUUGGAUCGAUGUAAAUUUGAAAAUACUACAAAAGUUUGUGUCAGAAAGAGUCGAUAAGAUGGUGAAAGAAGGGCUUGUAGAGGAAGCAAGGGAAUUUUUCAACCCUGAUGGCGAUUACACAAGUGGAAUUAGACGUGCAAUUGGAAUACCAGAAAUGCACCAAUAUUUCAUAAAUGAAAAUAAUAAGAUGAUUAAUGAAGAUACCAGGGACAAGAUGCUUCAAAUUGCUAUUGAAAAUAUUAAAGUCAAUACAUGCAAAUUGGCUUGUUGCCAACGUCAAAAUAUUCUUAAACUUGAAAGCCAAUUUGAAUGGAAAAUAAAUCGACUUGAUGCCACUGAAGCAUUUGAAAAAAAAGGUAUUGAAUCAAAUCAAGCAUGGCAUAGGAUUGUAUAUGAACAAAGUACUCAAAUUGUUCGUCAUUUUCGCGGUGAAGAACUUCUCAAUAUCCCCUCUCCUCCUCCUCCUCCUUCUUCGUCAACUUCCUUCUUGCCCAAAGUUGCUACUAUGACGCACUAGAAGAAUAUUGCCCACAUAUUGAUAUAUGUUUACUAUAUAUAUCUUCAUAGUGUGACAAUAUUUGCUAAAAUCAAUAACAUCGUCACUACAUACGUUUGAAUCUUUGUUUGUACACCCAACAACAGAUCUUUCAUGAUCAGACAUCUCGUCUGUAUGGAAGAAUGGAACUACUACUCUCUUGGUGGGAAGUGCCUUAGUCCCCUAGCUACAUAAAGUUGAGUGGUGGCAGCUAUAUGCGCGCACUAGGUGCGCGCACGAGCCAAUUUUUGAUACCCUAUGUCAUUGGGUAUUUUUCUUUAUGUGGGGUUUUGUUUAAACUUUUUGAAUGUCUAUGUUGUAUUCUAUGUACCUAAAAUAAACUUUGUACAACAUUUGCCACCACCCCCUUCACACUGAAAAAAAAAGGAGACUUAGUGGCAUUUUGGAUUUUAUAUAUAUUCUGUACUUUGACAUGAGCUGUAUUAUUCUAUAUAUCACUUUAAUGUAAAAUUAAAGUAUUUUGCAUGUAUGUACUAUAUUAUGUAU